CAAAAACAAUAAAACCAUGAAUAAAACACUAGUGCGUAAAAGCCGGAAGUGUCUAUCUCUGUAUCUCCUCCGGCCGGGAUUUAAAAUGUCCAAAACAAAAACUAUAGUUUGGCCUAAAUUGGUUUUAUUUGGUGACUCUAUCACCCAGGUUUCUUUUCAACCUAAUGGCUGGGGUUCCGAAAUGGCGAACAAACUUGCUCGAAAGUGUGACGUGGUGAACAGAGGACUGUCGGGGUACAACUCAAGAUGGGGCAAGAUUCUCCUGCCUCGGCUCUUCCCCAAUAAACCCUCAGAGAACAUAGUGGGCGUUACUGUCUUCUUUGGGGCCAACGACUGCGCUCUUGAGGAGAUGAAAGCCAAGCAGCAUGUCCCUUUAGAUGAGUACUCUGAUAACCUGAAGGAGAUUGCAAAAUACCUGGCCGCAGUGGGAGUGUCCUCAGACCGGGUCGUCUUCAUCACUCCCCCUCCUCUUCACGAGGCCACCUGGGAGAAGGAGUGCCAGCUUAAAGGGUUCCCUCUGAAUCGCCACAACGCGGUGGCAGGGCGGUAUGCCCAGGCCUGUGUGGAGGCAGCGGGCCAGUGUGGGGUGAGAGUCCUGGAUCUCUGGACCCUCAUGCAGAAAGAUGGACAGGACUACACGGUGUACCUGUCUGACGGACUGCACCUCUCUGAAAAGGGGAACCAGUUUGUGUCGGAGCAUCUGUGGGGUCUGCUGGAGGCCCGCUUGGACAGCCUGCCCUUCAUCCUGCCCUACUGGGGGGAUGUGGACACCCAGGACCCUGAGAGCAGCCUGCUCUCUGACUAGAAGACCUGGAAGACCCAGGACCUGCCAGCCUGCUCUGUGACUUGACCUGGAAGACCCAGGACCUCAAGUCUAUUGUGACUAGCCUGGUGAUGAGCAUUUCAGCAUUUAUUUUAUGGGUACAAUUUAUAUAUAUAUAUAUAAAUGAUCGUAAUGUGAUUUGUUAAAAUGCACAAUAAAGAUUUUUUUUAUUUCAUUUAUUUGACACAUGUACAGCAUAUUUGCAAGCAUAGCAUAUAGCGUAGGCCAGUUUCCCGCAAGCAUAUUUCUAAGCCAAACAGCGGACAAAUUGUUUGCAUAAAAACUAAAUUCCCAACAUCAUCCAUUCAGUGGAUACAAUACAGAGCUCUCUGUUCUUGACCAAUAAUACAGACAUUACAACAUGAUGAAUCAGUGGAUGGUAAAGGCUUCAAAUGGUACACAAGUGCAUAGAAAUAAGAAUGAGGGGAUUGAGUGAUUAGACAUGGGUCAGGGGAAUCUUGAUCCGUCAAAGCCUCCCAUCGUUAGGCUCUCUGUACAAAUCAGAACUCAAGGCUUAAAAACCACAGAAGGCACUAUACUGUUCAUCAGGGGUCAGGGUUCAUUU